CCACUGCCUAUUCCGAGGUGGAAGUGGGAGGAAGUCACAAUGGAUUUCUUUACGGGAUUGCCGAAGUCGUCUGAACAUCACGACGCUAUAUGGGUCGUGGUCGACAGAUUGACUAAGGUCGCGCAUUUCUUACCCGUUUCGAUGAAGAUGUCUCAGGACAAGUUGGCUGAGAUUUAUACCCGUGGGAUCAUUCGACUCCACGGAGUGCCCGUUACUAUCGUAUCAGACAGAGAUCCCAGAUUCGUUAGUAGAUUCUGGCACAGCUUACACGAGGCGAUGGGCACGAAGUUAGAGUUCAGUUUAGCCUAUCAUCCGGAGACAGAUGGUCAGUCAGAGCGGACUAUUCAGACGCUUGAGGAUGUGCUUCGCGCUUUGGUCGUUGACAGGGGUGCUAAGUGGGAGUCGUUGUUGCCGUACGCCGAGUUCGCGUAUAACAACUGCUAUCAUUCUUCUAUUCAGAUGGCUCCUUACGAGGCACUUUACGGUCGCAAGUGUC